ACUUAUUUUUAUUUUUUUACUUUUUUGUAUUUCCCAGCGCUGAGUAUCAAAACUGGAAUAUGCAAUUUCACCCUUACUACUCCUGGUCUGUUUGCGUGUGAAAAGGUUUCCUUUGAGAAUUCUUUCAAUGGCGGGCAGGAUGUAAAAGUUUUCGUUUCCAAAAGCCACGCAACAAAGAGUUAUAGUGGUGGAGAUGGCGCGGCUAUUUGGGUGGAAUCUGUGGAUAAUAAAGAAUUUACAGUUUGUGUUUUGGAGUACGGUGAUGGUUCUAGUGGGACUACGAAAGUGAACUGGAUGGCGCUACAAUCUGUUCCUGUUGGCGCUCAACUAGAAACCGUCUCGCUGGAUUCUUGGACCACUGGAGGAAAGUGUAAAAGGAUUGCCUUUGAAAAGGUUACCUCUUUUUCCUCUUGCAUUUUUGUUAAGUUAAUAGUUCUUACUGAUUAAGGUAUUUCUGUUUGCUCAAGCCUAGACACAAGAUUUCACUACGUUAUUUUUUUGAGCUUUGCUUGACUAAGUGGCUUUAACUUGCUCUUUCUUUAUUAGCUCGUAGGAGCUGCAGACUUUCCAUUUGACUUCUUCCUUAUAUCUUUAAGUCAUGCGAUAUAACAUUGUUGCAUUAUAAAAUACGAUUCUUUAUUCGUUUGGCAAGAUCUUACAUAUAUUGAAACCUCUAUUUUUUCCUUCAAAGUUAUGUUGCAAUCUGUCCUCCACAUUUCUUUCAUUUUAAUUUUUUUAAUUUAAAUUUCUAAAUCUUUAAAAAGGUCUAGCCAUCUUCAUAUUUUUUGCUAAUUUUUGCUUUAAAAAAUUUAGUGAGAAAUUCGAUUCCUUUUGUUUCUACGUUGCUAAGUUCAUGAUAAUCGUUUUAUUUACAAAUUCGGUGUUUAAUUCGUAAAACUCUUCUUAGUUUUUCAUCUGCAAAAAUUCUAUUCAAUUUGCUUCUUUCAAGUUCAGAAUGAUUUUUUCUAUCACGCUUCAAUCGUUUUAUAUCAUAUCCUUGUUUGUUUAAAUGUUAUUGAUUAUUUACUUCCUUCUCUCUUACUUUUUCAGCGUUUCUUAAUUCCUCCGAGCGUCUAUGUAACAACUCGCCAUCAAAUUCUCAAGAGACCUCAGGACGCUUUGGCAUUGUGGGUAGAGGAUGUACGCAGAGACAGUUUUAAGGUUUGCCUCAGGGAAACUAAGAUUUUUGAUGGGCUACAUAAAAACAUCAAGGUGGUAAGUGAAUUCCUUUUGUUACCUGUUACAUGUUUGAAAGUAGACACACGACAACCAAGCGGUUUAGUCCCGUGCUGGAACUUACCUUUGCUCUUUGCGUACUCUGAAAUCGUAGCUUUUUUCAUAAAAAUCCUAUGUUGGGGACCCUGUGAUUUACACAGGUUCAGAGCAGUGGGUUCUCUUUUUGACUGGAGAAAGAAUAUAUUAAUAACAUUGUUAAUACUUUUCACUUUUCUUUCAGAACUGGAUAGCAUUUGUUAAGCUGAUAACGAUGAAUUCUACCUCGAUCCAUGGCAUUGUAACAACAAAGAAGAACUCACCACUAAACAAGCAACAAAACAACGCUCUCUGUCAGGUGAAGUAACUAAUCAACUAUACUGUUGUGGUUUCUCAGUCACUUCUAUUCUUAAAAAGAAAAUCUUUCAUAAGUUGAUGGAGCUCUAAUGUUGUUAUCGUCAACUAUUUAAACAACAUAUAUCAUAUACCGCAUAUGUGUAGAAAAACUUCAUAACGCUGAUUCUUUUCUUGUUUUUUUUUUUAAAUAAUAAAGUUCACUGAUGCCUUCUACGCCCCUCCGGUAGUACUGGUUUCACCAAGACUCAGCUACCAUAACAACAACUCGCUUUUCUCGGCUUCCGGAACUUGUAACGCAGUCCAAUCAACCUAUGUACGUUACGGUUUCGCUUUCUAAACGACCUUGAUAGUAAGAUAGUAGUUAAGGUAAGAAAAUACCUGAUGAAGCUUAAUGAUUGAUAAUCUGAUACUUCUAAUGAUUGUGUCUAGCAUACCUUUACAAACGAAACCGAGGUGUGUAUGAGAAGAUACAGCAAUAACGCCAAUUAUAAGGACAUCGUACAACUGGAUUACCUGGNACCAUAACAACAACUCGCUUUUCUCGGCUUCCGGAACUUGUAACGCAGUCCAAUCAACCUAUGUACGUUACGGUUUCGCUUUCUAAACGACCUUGAUAGUAAGAUAGUAGUUAAGGUAAGAAAAUACCUGAUGAAGCUUAAUGAUUGAUAAUCUGAUACUUCUAAUGAUUGUGUCUAGCAUACCUUUACAAACGAAACCGAGGUGUGUAUGAGAAGAUACAGCAAUAACGCCAAUUAUAAGGACAUCGUACAACUGGAUUACCUGGUGAUUGGAGGUACGUAA